UCUCAGUUGACCAAAGAUGGUGAUGGAAAAGCCAAGUCCCCUGCUUGUAGGGCGGGAAUUUGUGAGGCAGUAUUACAUACUGUUGAACCAGGCCCCUGAUUAUUUACACAGGUUUUAUGGAAAAAAUUCUUCAUAUGUUCAUGGUGGUUUGAUUUCAAAUGGAGAUCCAGCAGAAGCAGUAUAUGGACAAGCGGAAAUCCAUAAGAAAAUUAUGUGUCUUCAGUUCCGUGACUGCUACACAAAAAUCAAGCAUGUGGAUGCUCAUGCUACAUUGAAUGAUGGAGUAGUAGUACAGGUCAUGGGUGAGCUGUCAAAGAACAGACAGCCAAUGAGACGCUUCAUGCAAACGUUUGUUCUAGCUCUGGAGGGUUCUGUUGCAAACAAGUUUUAUGCCCACAAUGAUAUUUUCCGCUAUCAAGAUAAAGUCUUCGGGGAUUCAGACACCGAGCCUCCAGAAGAGUCCGAGGAAGAAGUAGAGGAACCUGAAGAGCGUCAGCCAUCACCAGAAGCUGUGCAAGAUGAUAGUGGAGUUUACUAUGAUCCAGCUGUGAGUAAUGGAUCGGAGGAACCUUUAGAAGAACACAUUGUUGCAUCAGAACCAGAACCAGAGCCACCUGUGGAGGGGGUAAAGCCCGAGUCUGUGCUGGAGGAGAAAGUUGCUGAGGAUCCUGUCGUAAAAUCUCCAUCCCCACCACCUGCAGAUCCAGCACCUGUUGUAGCUGAAGAUUCCAGGACAUUCUCCUGGGCUUCAGUAACCAGCAAGAACCUUCCCCCUAGUGGCAUUGUCCCUACCACUGGAAUUCCACCUCAUGUUGUCAAAGCACCAACGCCACAGCCCUGACCUGAGACUAAACCAGAAAUACAGAUUCCACCGCCAAGGCCUCGUGAUCAGCGCAUUAGGGAACGGCAGGGUGUGCCACCUCGGGGCCCCAGACAAGGUCGGAGUGAAAAUGAACCAGGGGAUACGGAAACACGACGCACAAUCCGAUACCCAGACAGUCAUCGGUUAUUUGUCGGGAACCUGCCUCAUGAUGUUGAUGAAACGGAGCUGAAAGAAUUUUUCACAGGAUACGGCAAUGUGGUGGAACUCCGCAUUAACACCAAGAGUAGUGGUGGAAAGCUGCCCAACUUUGGAUUUGUGGUUUUUGAUGAUCCAGAGCCAGUUCAGAAGAUCCUACGCAGCAAGCCCAUUAAGUUCAGAGGAGAGCUCCGACUAAAUGUGGAGGAGAAGAAAACACGGCCUAUUCACGAAGGUGAACGUCAGGGCGAUGACCGCCGAGAAAAUAGACCAAGAGGACCUGGUGGACCCCGUGGUGGGCUUGGCGGUGGAAUGAUGCGUGAUCGGGAGGGUUGGGUUGGUCUGUCCAGAGGAGGACUUGUGCAGAAGCCAGGACCAGGAGCUGGAAGAGGAGGUGGACAAGGAGAGCCUCGGUUCACAGGGCCACGCCACUGAAAGUACCCUCACUGGCUAUUGGUGUGAGCUGAUGGUACAGAUGUUCUCUCUCAUGCUCUUGUGAUUCAGCUUUUUUUUUGAAUGUGAUUUCGACCUGUACAGAUUAUCAUUUUUUCAGUACGGAAAAUGGCCUUUUCUUUUGUUCUCGACUUGUGUAGUAGUCGUCGUCCCACGAAACAUCCUGUCUGAAAUGUUUAUUUGUUUAAGGAAAACGGUUUUUAAAACCAGAAUUUUGAUUUGAAGACAGAUUCUGACUCCAGUGGAUUGGAGUGACUAACAGCUAUAAACUGGAUUUUAGUACCUGCUGCCUCCCAGCUGCUCCAGGAACGUGUUGACCCUUGACAUUUGGUGCAGAUUUUUAAAAUUGGAAACCAGGUUGCUUUUUGUUUUGCACAGACAUCCAUCUUCGGAAAAACUUGUAA